AUGGCAGCCCGAUUCGAGAAGCAGUUUGAUCAUGCGAAAGGAGGAAAACGAAAAGAAUCUGGUUCUGAAGAAGAAAUUGUGCAACCUGAACAACAAGGACAAGCUGAUCAGGAUUACAAAGUCAAAGCUGAGAUCCCUUUCUUUUUGGGCAACUUGGGUGUGGAAGAUUAUUUGGAUUGGCAGCUUCAGGUGGACAGGUUCUUUGAGAUUAUGGAGGUGCCUGAAAACAAGCAAGUUAAGCAUGUUGCCUGGCGAUUAAAUAGUACGAGGACCGUUGCUGAGUACAUUGCUGAGUUCUUAGGCUAUUCUGAGCGCAAUGAACUAGGAGAAACUGAAGGUCAGAAGGUGGCUCGCUAUAUUAGUGGAUUGAGCAAAAGCAUUCAGGAGAAAAUUGGGUUGCAAACUGUGUGGACUGUGGUCGAAGCUUCGAAACUAGCAUUAAAGGCAGAGUUGUUAGAGAAGCCUUCACGAGUAUCUUCUUUCCAGAGAUAUAACUACCAAAGGAGCACAGAUUUGGUAAACGCCUCAACUGACAAGGGUAAAGCCUUACAGCAGAUUACAGGAAGUGCUUCUAGGGUUUCCAAUCCCCCUUCUAAGUGGACUGGCAGUUCUAGCAGUUCUAGUGGUGCUCCAAAUAGGGCCCCAAACCAGAGGCUUACCAAUCCUUAUGCUAGGCCUACAACAGAUGUCUGCUAUAGGUGCAACAAGCCAGGGCAUAGGUCUAAUGUGUGUCCUGAGAGGAGACAAUCUGCCCUUAUAGAUGAUUAUGAUGAAGAUGAAGAAGAAGUUGGAAGAGGUUAUGAAUAUGAAGGGGUUGAGUGUACGGUGGUGGAGUCUCCUGAGAAGGUUAAUAUUGUGUUGCAAAGGAUCUUAUUAUCUCCUAAGGAAGAUGGGCAGUGGCACAAUAUUUUCAGGUCACUUUGUUCCAUUAAUAACAAAGUGUGCAAUCUAAUUGUGGACAAUGGGAGCUGCGAAAAUUUCAUAGCCAAGAAGUUGGUGGAGUAUUUGCAGUUGCCUACGCAGCCUCAUGAUACACUUUAUUCUCUGGGGUGGGUCAAGAAAGGUCCACAAGUUCGAGUUGCUGAUUCCUGCAAAGUACUGGUAUCCAUUGAAAAGGAAGAUAUGAUGAUUCCUAAGGAAGUGAAGAAUAUGUUGGGAGAGUUUGAAGAGCUUAUUUCAGAUGAGCUGCCCAAUGAGUUACCACCUAUGAGGGACAUUCAAUAUCAUAUUUAUUUGAUUCCUGGAGCUAGCUUGCCAAAUCUGCCCCAUUACUGCAUAAGUCCUAAAGAGAACGAGAUUUUGAGGGAGCAGAUUGAAGACUUGCUGAAGAAAGGGGCUAUAAAUAAGAUCACUGUGAAGUACAGGUUUCCUAUCCCUUGUUUGGAGGACAUGCUUGAUGAGCUGGAGGGUUCCAAGGUGUUUACCAAGAUAGAUCUUCGAAGUGGUUACCAUCAGAUUCGAAUCAAGCCAGGGGAUGAGUGGAAGACAGCCUUUAAGAGCAAGGAUAGUUUAUAUGAGUGGAUGGUGAUGCCAUUCGGGAUGUCUAAUGCACCUAGCACCUUUAUGAGGCUUAUGAAUCAGAAAGGAAAAUUCCAGUGGGGAGAAGAGCAAGAGAAGAGCUUUGCCUUAAUUAAGGAGAGACUUUGUACUACACCAGUUCUGGCUCUUCCCAAUUUCGACAAGGUCUUUGAGGUGGAAUGUGAUGCUAGUGGCGUGGGAGUAGGUGCUGUGUUGUCACAAGAAAAGAGACCAGUAGCGUUCUUUAGUGAAAAGCUAAGUGAAACUGUACAAAAGUGGAAUGCUUUGAGUAGGAGAGCUUCCUUGCUGGUCACUCUAGCUCAAGAGGUUGUGGGUUUUGAUCUCUUAAAGGACUUAUAUGAGGAAGAUGUUGAUUUUAAGGAAAUUUGGGCCAAGUGCAGUAGCAAUCAUACAGUUGCAGAUUUCCAUGUGCGUGAUGGUUAUUUAUUCAAAGGCAAUCGGCUUUGUAUUCCUAGUUCCUCAUUGAGGGAGAAAUUGAUUAGAGAUUUACAUGGAGGGGGUUUGAGUGGACACUUGGGCCGUGACAAAACUAUUGCUAGCCUUGAGGAGAGGUAUUUCUGGCCACAGCUGAAGAAGGAUGUAGGAGCUAUUGUGAGGAAGUGCUACACCUGCCAGGUUUCUAAAGGAUCUUGCCAUGGACUUUGUGUUGGGAUUACCCCGUACCAAAGGGGUGUGGAUUCUCUGUUUGUGGUGGUUGACAGAUUCUCCAAGAUGGCACAUUUUAUAGCUUGUAAAAAGACUGUUGAUGCGUCCAAUAUAGCCAAACUAUUCUUCAGGGAAGUGCUUCCUAAAGUUUCUGGUGUUAGUACUGCUCCUGAGGGUAUGGCUAGAGAUGUGCAGGAUGUUAGAGAAGCAGUUAAGGACAAGCUGGAAGAAACUAAUGCCAAGUAUAAAGCUGCAGCUGACAAGCGUCAACGAGUUAAAGUGUUCUAA